AUGCGCAUGUACCAUCGAGGAGAAAUCCCGCCAAUGGACGGUGAUAGGUCCCAAGGAAAAAGCUUCCCGCCGAGACCACCAAAAUCUGGGCAGCAGGAGAAGCGCGGACGACAACCCCGUCCGAGGAAGGAUGCAGAAAAGCGGAAGCCCGCUUGGGAAAAGGAAUCGCUCCUGGAUAACGACGAUUCCAUAUCGGCGAUCAAGGAAUACGAACGAAAGGCCGUCGCGGCACAACGCUACCCGUAUAUCCAUAAAGGGAUCCCUACAUCUCCUUUACGGAUAAGGACGCAAGCGGAUGGACAUCCCUCACCUCGACCCACUCGUAAUCACUCUACAGAUUCACGACUGUGA